UACAUGACAGAAACCAUGGCGAGCCCAGCAAAAGAGAACAAUUACAGAAUGAAGAGUUACAAAAACAAAGCUUUGAACCCAGAGGAGAUGCGCCGGAGGAGAGAAGAGGAGGGGAUCCAGCUACGCAAACAGAAACGGGAGCAGCAGCUCUUUAAAAGGAGAAAUGUGGAGCUAAUUAAUGAAGAUACUACUAUGUUUGAUAGUCCCCUCGUAGAUUCCUCGGUCAGCUCUACCACUGGUGGUGAGGGUGUGAUCACAAUGGAGAUGGUGAAAAUGUUGUUCUCUGAAGAUCCUGAUCUUCAGCUAGUAACUACACAGCGGUUCAGGAAGCUACUUUCAAAAGAACCCAAUCCUCCAAUCGAUGAGGUGAUAAGCACUCAGGGAGUUGUGGACAGGUUUGUUGAGUUCCUCAAGAAAAGUGAAAACAGCACAUUACAGUUUGAAGCUGCGUGGGCAUUAACAAACAUUGCCUCAGGCACCUCACUACAAACCAAAAUAGUUAUUGAGGCCGGGGCAGUUCCAAUCUUCAUUGAAUUGUUGAGUGCUGAUUUUGAAGAUGUCCAAGAGCAGGCUGUCUGGGCACUGGGGAACAUCGCUGGAGACAGUUCUGCCUGUCGUGAUUAUGUCCUAAAUUGUGGCAUCCUUCCUCCUCUGCUGUUGCUCCUCACAAAAUCUACUAGACUGACAAUGACACGAAAUGCUGUCUGGGCUUUGUCAAACCUGUGCAGAGGGAAGAACCCACCCCCAGAGUUUGAGAAGGUGUCAUACUGUUUGCCAGUCUUGUCUCGCUUGCUCUUCAGCAGUGAUUCGGACUUGCUGGCAGAUGCCUGUUGGGCACUUUCCUAUCUGUCAGAUGGACCCAAUGAGAAAAUCCAGGCGGUAAUAGAUUCAGGAGUGUGCCGACGAUUGGUGGAAUUGCUAAUGCACAGUGAUUACAAGGUGGCUUCCCCGGCUUUGAGAGCGGUUGGCAAUAUUGUGACAGGGGACGAUAUUCAAACCCAGGUGAUCCUAAAUUGCUCGGCUUUGCCUUGUCUCCUUCAUCUGCUUAGCAGCCCCAAAGAGUCCAUCCGAAAAGAAGCUUGCUGGACAAUCUCCAAUGUGACAGCAGGGAACAGGGCUCAGAUACAGGCAGUCAUAGAUUCUAACAUCUUCCCAGUACUAAUUGAGAUAUUGCAGAAGGCUGAAUUCCGCACAAGGAAAGAAGCAGCAUGGGCAAUCACAAACGCUACAUCGGGAGGAACGCCAGAGCAGAUUAAAUAUUUAGUAAACCUGGGCUGCAUUAAACCCCUGUGUGAUCUUUUGACUGUCAUGGACUCCAAGAUAGUUCAAGUGGCUCUGAAUGGCCUGGAGAAUAUCUUGCGGCUGGGAGAGCAGGAGGCCAAGCAGAGCGGCGCUGGCAUCAAUCCCUACUGCAGCCUCAUUGAGGAAGCUUAUGGCCUGGAUAAAAUAGAGUUUCUCCAGAGCCACGAAAACCAAGAGAUCUACCAGAAGGCCUUUGACUUGAUUGAGCACUAUUUUGACAGUGAGGACGAUGACUCCACUUUGGCCCCCCAAGUAGACGAAGCUCAGCAACAAUUCAUCUUCCAGCAACCCGAGGCCCCCAUGGAAGGCUUCCAGCUAUAACCGGUGUGCCGAAUUGAGGGGAAGAAGACCGUCCCUUUGAGGGAAAGUAACCUGCAGAGAGCCUUCCUGCCCCCAGCCCUGUUUCUUUCUCUGCCACGCAGAAGGCUGCAGUGCCCGCUCCACCUGUUGCCAAACAGCUUUCUCCUUUGCCGACACACAGCAGGAGUUGUUUGCUCUUUUCUAAAGAGGAGAUACUCUUACACACUAUUUUUUUUCAUUUUUUGCUGCACGAGUGUGUCAAAAAAGCAGGUGCUGAAGUGGAUGGAGGAGGGAGGUGUAAAUCACUUAUGCCUUCUAGUUUGUGGUUUUCCUCCAGGUUUUUUCUUUUUCUUUUGUGGUGUAUUAUUUUUUUCUCCUCAAAUGAGAUUCUUCACUUGGGUACUUGAGAGAUGACUUUUUUCCCCCAGUGGGAGAAGGCAAAAUAACAUGAAUCAUAACCAAGGAAUCUAAUCCUGGAUGCUUGGGUUCAACUAUUUAAAAAAAAUUGCACAUCUUAAUUUUUAUUAAAGACUCUUCUUAAUCUGCCAAAUGCACCACUUUGGCCCACACUGGGGUUUUUUUUUGGGGGGGGAGGGGGAAUCCUCUUGCCAAACAGCACCUUUUGAGGGAUUUGGGCCAAGUUGCUGCUGUUUUUGCCCCUCUCCUCUAGUUCUAUAUAUAUAUAUAUCUAUAUAUCUAUAUAGAUAAUGCUCCUGUACAGAGAUGCAGGAUGAAUUGGACUGUCCCAUCAGGCAUUGGGAAGAUUUCCCUGGUCAUGUGGGGAGAGGAUUUUUUAAAGGAAUUUAAAGAUCCAACAGAGCAGCAACCCCUACCACCUCCUGAAGAUCCAGUCUUAAGGGGAAGGCACAAAAAAGAACUCAAAAGCACAGCUGCCUUUGAAGGUGGACUUGACUUACAUUUGCUACUGACUGAAGUGUUGAACUGGUAGAAGAAACCCCCUCUUGCAUCUUUACUUGAAGAAAAAAAAUUGCAAAACUCAUUGAAGCCUUUUGGUUUGUGUCAUUUUAUUUUAAAUUUUUCUUUCUCUUGGACAGCUGGGGUGGGGACGACUCUGCCGUGUUUCUUGAGAAGGGAGUGGUGGAGCUACCUGGGAUGGCUCCUCAUUUGCCCUCAGUUCCAGCAGUCAAGUGGCCUGUGUUUCUCAGAAUUACCUCCUGCUCACAACUGUAUCGUGUACAUUUUACUUCAAAAUGAAGAAGUCAAAGCUCUGUAUUUUUUAUAUAUUAUAUAUACAUGUAGACAUUUGUCUAAUUUGGUCUCGGGGAGUGGGGACUAAUUCUCUGAAGUGCUGAUAGAGAGGAUGCUCUGUGGCAGGCCCGCCCAGGAACACGGCCAUAAGGAACUCACGACAGCUGCGGUUUUCUUGUGUUCCCCUCUUUACCUACUGUACGAGCCACACAAUUUGGUGACCACCCUUUCCCUGUAGAAAGACUGGCCAGCAGAAAACGAGAAGCCGUUGGCUUGUCACUUGGAUGGUGAGGCCCCUUCAGGUGUCUUAAUUAAAGCUUAGAUGAUGUACACAGCCCCUUCUUUGCUCUCCACCAUUUGAAUAAGGUUCUCAAAGCCUUCCAGAACAGAGAUUCAGGCAGGUGUGAAGUUGGAUGUGAAAGCCUUGGGCUGUAUUUUGUAAUAGAGAUUUGCUUUUCAUUGUUUAAAAAAAUGCCAAGGAAGUUUAAUAAACUACAUCUCUGCAUUCAA